UGCUGCUCAAUUUCAUUUAUUUCAGGUCUGAACAAUGAAGAAUAUCAGGUUGUCAUUGGCAACGACACGACCAGUUACAUUAUCGAUGACCUUGAACCAGCUCGGAACUACAGCUUUUAUAUUGUGGCUUACAUGCCGAUGGGUGCCAGCCGUAUGUCCGACCAAGUCAGCCAGCACACGUUAGAAGACGUGCCUCUACGUACCCCGGAGCUCACUCUGACCAGCCACAGUGCAACAGACAUCCAGGUGACGUGGCAGCCUCUUCCUGCUAAGAUCAGCCGUGGGCGAGUGUUGGCCUACAGACUGUCCUAUCGCACGGCUGUGGAUGACGCCGUCGUAAACGUGGAGCUACCGCAAAACUGCACCCAAUAUCUUUUGGAGGGCCUGCAGCCCGACACCAUUUACCUGCUCCGGAUAGCCGCAGCCACCCGUGUGGGUUGGUGCGAGCCGUCGGCGUGGACGUCACACCGUACAUCGAAGAUGACCAGCGACAAAGGUAAACCUGACAAAACAUGGAACCAGUGGCGGGCGGUGCAUCUGGUACCUCGGCCUUUAGUGGGCCCUACUCAACUUCUACUUCUUAAUAUCACCACAUUUUAAUGAAGGAAAUCACCAAUAUCAUUCAAAUAUGAAAUGUGAUUAGCGCAGGUAUAACCUACAUGGAUAUACAUCUGUAAAGAACAGGGGGGGAUUU